AGCGCAUGAGCGAGGCGGCCGCCUUCGUCACGCAGAACCAGAUGGCUCAGCAGCUGCAGGCGAUCGCCGGCCUGCAGAGUCUCGGCAUCCCGCCGAGCGCACUGCAGGGCCUCGCCAACCCGCCCGCCUCCUCCUCCUCCUCCUCCCCGGCGGCUCCCGGCGCAGACGCCCGCGCCAAGACGAGCAAGAGUAAGAGCGAGGUAAAGGCGUCAGCGGCGGCGGCGGUGGUGACGGCAGCGGCCUCGCCCGCCCCGGAGAAGACGACGACCCCGGUGACGACGCACGACGCGGGCAUGAUGCAGAUGCUGUCCGUGCAGCAGAUGCUGGGCGGAGCGCCGUUCGGAGACUUUGCGGCGCUGGGACUCGGCACACUGGGCACCUCCCCCGAAGCGAUGGCCUACUUCCCCUAUCUGAUGAGCGGUCUCAACCCCUUCGGCAUGCCCGGCGGCUCGUUCAUGCAUCCGGCGAUGAUGGCCGGUUCGCGUCUCUACAUCGACCAGCAGCUACCGUAGCGACCUCUACAGCUAGCCACCACUGCUGUCCGCUGCGCAGGGCCUGACGU